AUGGCCUGGAUACCCAACGAAAAUGAAUUACAACAGAUAUUAAAUUUAUUAAAGCAAACAAAUUCUGGUGAUACAACAAUUCAAAGAAAUGUUCAAUCUCAAUUAGUUUCACUCUCUGAACAUCCUCAAUUUUGUUUAUAUCUAGCUUAUAUAAUGGCUGAUUUGAAAGAUUUAGACGAACCAAUUAGAUCUGUUAGUGGAUUAAUAUUAAAAAAUAUUCUAUUAAAAUAUUAUCAAUUUCUUUCUGUUGAAAUAAAAAAUUAUGUUAAAUCAAAAGUUUGUUCUAUCAUUGGGGAUUCAUCAUCAUUAAUACGGGCUACUGUUGGAAUUCUUUUAACAACCAUCUAUACUAGAGAAGAUGGUAAAUGGAGUCAAAUAUUACAAUAUCUUGUUAAUUUAUUACAAAAUUCUAAUUAUAAUUUGUUAGAUGGAUCAUUAGGUGCUUUACAAAAAAUUUGUGAAGAUUCUGCCUCAAAGAUGAAUGAAAAAGACAUUGAAAUUAUCGUUCGACCAUGUUUUAAAUUUUUUAAUUACCAAGUUCCUAAAAUUAGGAGUACCUCAUUAAGUGUUGUUAAUAAUAUUUUACUUUUUAAUAGUUCUGUUGUUGGGGAGAGAUUUGAUGAAUUUAUUGUUGAAGUUUUUCAAUUAGCUAAUGAUAAUGAUAAUGAUGUCAUAAAAGAGUUAUGUAAAUGUUUAACACUUAUUUGUGAGACAUUCUUUGAUAAAAUUAUUCCUCAACUUGAUAAUAUUAUGAAAUUUAUGAUACAUAAGACUCAAGAUAUAAAUGAUGAUAUUGCUUUGGAAGCCUGUGAAUUUUGGUUAACUGUUACUGAUCAUGCUGAAAAUGACAAAAAUAUUCUUGCUCCAAUUUUACCACAACUUUUACCUGUUUUAUUAAAAUCAAUUAGAUAUAGUCAAGAAGAAAUUAUUGCUUUAAAAGGUGACAUUGAAAAUGAUAGUCAGGUUCCAGAUAAAGAAGAAGACAUAAAACCAAGACAUUACCGUUCUAAAAAUAAUCAUUUUUUAAAUGGUAACUCAAAAAUAUCUGAAAUAGAUAAAGCUGAGUCAUUUCUUGAAAAAAAUUGUUACAUGUCAAGUGAUGAAAAAGAUAUUGAAGAUGAUGAUUCAGAGAUAGAUGAAGAUGAAGAUGAUACUAAUUGGACACUUAGAAAAUGUGCAGCAGCAACAUUAGAUGUUAUAACAAAUAUUUUUGGUGUUGAUUGUUUACCUAUUCUUUUACCUCAUUUAAAAGAACUUCUUCAUCAUAAAGAAUGGGAAGCUAGAGAAAGUGGUAUAUUAUGUUUAGGAGCUAUUGCUGAAGGUUGUAUGUCUGGUAUAACACCAUUUAUGGAUGAUCUUUUUCCAUAUCUUAUGGAAGAGUUAAAUAGUUCAAAAGCUUUGGUACGAUCUAUUUCUUGUUGGACAUUGUCAAGAUAUUGUAAUUAUAUUUGUCAAGAUACUUCAAGUCCAGCAUUUCAAUUAUUAGUAAAAGGUUUAUUAGAAAAGAUGGUAGAUUCAAAUAAGAAUGUUCAACGUUCGGCAUGUUCAGCAUUUGCUAAUGUUAUUGAAGAAGUAGGAAGAGGUUUAAUUAUAUAUUUUUCAGAUAUUAUAACAACUCUUACACAAUGUUACAAAAUAUAUCAAGCACGUAAUUUAUUAAUAUUAUAUGACUGUACAGGUACAUUAGCUGAUGUUAUGGAGGAAAAUCUUCAAAAUGAUUAUUUUAUUCAUAGUAUAAUGCCUUUACUUAUUGAACGAUGGAAACAAUCAACUGACUGUGAUCGUCAAUUUUUUCCUCUUCUUGAAUGUAUCUCAUCUGUAGCAUUAUCAUUAAAAGAAAAAUUUAUACCAUAUUGUAAACCAGUUUUCCAAAGAUGUAUUUCAUUAAUUAAUAAUUCAUUAAAUAAUUUACAAAAAUAUAAUGGUCAAGAUAGUUGUUUUACUUAUAUUGAUAGAGAAAUAAUUGUUGUUUGUUUUGAUUUAUUAGCUGAAUUAACUGAUAUAUUAGGAAAAAAUAUGGAACAAUUUUAUGAAGAAGUUAAUAUUGGAUUUUUAAUUAUUAAAGCAUCUUCAUUAGGUAAUGAGGAAGUUAAACAAAGUACUUUUGCUUUAGUUGGUGAUAUAUGUAAAAAAUGUCCAAGAUUUUUGUUAGAAUAUAAACAUCAAAUAGCAGCUAUAUUGGUUGCUAAUAUUACUAAUAAUUGUACAUCACUUGUUAAUAAUGCUGUUUGGGCUUUUAGUGUUAUGAUAUUUAUUUUAAAAGAAGAAAUUGAAAUGUAUCUUACAUAUAUUAUACCGGUAUUAACAACUAUUCUUAAUUGUCACAAGUUAGAAAGAACAUUAUCAGAAAAUACAGCUAUAGCAAUUGGUAAAAUUGCAUUAUUUGCAGCUCCAAGAAUUGCAUCAUGUCUUCCUAAUUUUAUAAGACCAUGGUGCUUAUCUUUAAGAAAUGUUCGAGAUAAUGAAGAGAAAGUUGUUGCAUUUGAGGGUAUCAUUUGUUUAAUAUACCUUAAUCCAGCAGGUAUUUUGGGUGAUUUUGUAUUUUUUUGUGAUGCAAUAGGUUCAUGGGAUAAUCCACCACAACAUUUACGUAGUCAAAUUAUUGGGAUAUUAAAUAGAUAUAAAGAACAAAUAGGUCUACCUUUUUGGAAUGAAUUUUUAAGUCAUUGUCCUGAGAAUCUUCAACAGAAAUUAAAAACAUUUUAUGGUGCAUAA